AUGACGAUGGAUGGUGGUUUGGAGCGCCUCGUCCGGAUCUUGCAUGACUUCUGCAUGUGUCCGCCUCCUCCCGAGAACCCCAAUUUCAUAUAUGGCCUCUCUCCUCCCAACGCCCGACCUCAGAAACUUCUCCCAACGUUGAACCCUCCAAACUUCGACAAGCAUGCCGCAUAUCGUUUCUCUCUUGCCUUCCAGUGUGUGGUGAAUAUCGGCGUGAGAGGGAGUGAGCCUAUUCGGAGCCGCGUAGUGCAGGCCGGGACGCUCGACGUCGUCGGAUGUAUUCUCGAAGCGUGGCUAGCGAACAGGGGGUUUGCAGUAGGUCCAAGCUCCAGCGCCUCCGGUAUACCCAGAGAAACUAGGGAGCAGCGGAUGGCAAGACGACAAGCCCUGGCAGAGCAGCGAUACAGGGAAGCAGUGCCGGCAGCCGCAGAAUUGACGCGGGCGUUGCAAAGACAAAUAGUCACAGAAGAUCUUAUAAGGCAAGGUCGUGGUGUAGAUACGUUGAUCGACGAGGAUGCAUCGAUAACCGGAAUAAGCGUGGAUCAUACAUCAGAUGUUGAGGUUCAAGCCAAUGUGUCAUCUGAGUCUUUGUUGGCCUCUGUGCCACCCGCCGAUCGCCCGUUGUAUGCGCGCCGUUCGUCGUCAAGGAGAACACCUGCAGAUACCUCCGAUACUUCUACGACUCUUGUGGCUGGCUCUCAAACGGAUUCCACCAUCGCGCGCGUUCGCGGCCGUAGUGGCACAAUCAUUGCCCGUGCUGUGUGGGAAGAACCCCCAGUGACAGCAGCAAAUGCCACACUCCGGUCCCGGCAGAGCCGGAACCGUACAUCCAUAACCGCAUCCCCAGAUGAAUCCACCGACAACUCUCGUCCGGAAACAGAAACUGAAGACGAUGGCGAUCCAGAUGUCGACAUGGAUCAGUCACACGACACCGAUGAUGCUACUCCCACCACUCACAUACCCGUCUCUCGUACUCAUCGCCCCCCUGCUCGGACUGUAACUCAGCGUCCGCGACGUACGGUAGGUAGCAUUUCCGAGGAGCCAGCAGCUGCCCCUUCAGAAGUCAAUGUCGACGCACAUAUCAUCAUCAACGAUGGUCAGGGCACAGUCGUCGAUGGUGACAGCGUAGGAGUUGUUAGCGUGGAGGAUGGGAUCGUCUCUCUGGAGCCUAAUGAUGACUUCGCUAUGGGUGCACCACCCGGUGCUCCUGGGGCCAUGGACGAGACCCGAAACUUGCCGGAAGUGGAUCCACCUGCACUCGAGCGACGUCCCCGAAACGCUGACGCCACACCUCGGGCGGCGGUGAUGCCUCUACCACAGUCUACCGUGGGCACAGAUGCAGUGCCUAAUGGAAGUGUGCGUCCUGGCGUCCUCGCACACGGCCGCGGAGAACCCAACCUUGCUGCGCCUCUUCCCACCGGUGUGGGGCGAAGUCCCAACCAUACGCACAGCCACCGCGACACAGAUUCCGGACCAUACAAGGACGAAGAUGUAUUGCUCAGUCUGCAACUUUUGGCAUACCUUAGUAAAUAUCCCCAUGUUCGGCAAGCAUUCUACAAGCAACGAGUUUCGUUUCACCCAGCAACUGUUACUAUCGGCGUCGCUCGUGUGGCCCAACAGUCUAUAGCUGGCCCAAGUAGCGUGCGCAAUGCGGAUAGCCAGCCAAGUAAAGAAGGUAAUGGGCUUUUUCGCGCACUUGCAUCUGCCACAGCCAGGGGCAAGGAGAAGGAGAAAGCCUCUGCGGCUGCAAAUAAUUUGGCCAGCACUACUGGGUCGCGGAUGACCAACGUUUUUUCUCUCGUCGAACGCUUCACGUUUCGGCCUAGCUCGUCGGAGGGCGAUUUGCCCAACCCACCCCCGAAACUUCCCCCUGAAGUCCAGUAUUGGGCAGGUGUUAUCAUGCGCAAUGCUUGCCGAAAAGAUGACAGUAGAGGUGGUAUCCGUCAAUGCGCAAAUAGUGAGCUCCUCAAGGUGUUCUUCACUUCUCCCUCAAUGAUUGAUCCUCGUAUAGUGCUCUGUGGAAAAUGGGAAACCUAUCCCCGCGAAUUUGCCAAAUGCAGACGUUGUCGCAAAGCAAAGUAUUGCGGGAAGGAGUGCCAAAGCACAGCCUGGAGUGAAGGUCAUCGGUUCUGGUGCAGUGCGAAAGAGGGCGAAGAUAAUGAGGAAGCCGUUCCUUCGGAACACAGCCACAGCAGAGGACUAGGAGGUGAUGGUUCUUCGGGCGAUGGGAUUCCAUCCGUACGAUCUGAGAGGGAGAGAGUCAGACCCGAACGGGCUGCUCGAGACUCGAGAAACGUCGCUUUGUACCCGCUGGCGCCAACUGUACCUCUGCAUCCACCGGUCGUGGCAACCGCCGCUGCUCAGGGUACGCGGCAGCGCGUCUCGGCGCUUCCUCCGACGGCAGGCCCACCCUCGCCGAAUACGUAUGUGCAGAUGCAGCGCCGCAGAAGGGCGGAGACUGUUUCUGGAGCGACGACGGUUAUUGGUAUGACACAGAACGGUCGCCCUGUGUACCGGCAUGAAGUCACUUGGCUUGCGGACAGACGCAGCCGAGACAUGGAUGAGCGCGAAAAUAAUACCGGCACUCCUCAGCGUCAUGCUCGGAUGGACAAUAUGAUAUGGGAGGCGUCAGCUCAGGGCGACAGCGACAUGGUCCUCGGGUGA